AUGAACACCAGCAAGGAUGAAGCGGCGUUGGCGCGUCGUCGCGCCCAGAAUCGCGAAGCCCAGCGCAGGUUCCGUCAAAAGCAGAGCGAGAUAAACAAUCAGAACAGUGCAACGCACGCCCGAGCAUCACAGUCUCAACGUCCAGAGGCAGUCAGGCCGAGCUUCCAGACAACGCCACCGAAGACAAUUUCAACGAGGACUUCCUCGAGCCUCCCCAGUAGUCAUAUGCCCAACAACACAGGUCCCUGCGGUCUGGAUAUCUAUGGCGAUAUCAAUCUUCUCGACUUUGCCAACUUGGAAGGCCUUCUGACGCCAGGACCUGAGUCUGAGCCUACCGCACUUCCAUCACCAUCGCAAUUGUCCGACAUCUUGAAUAUGGCUACUUUCAAUUCUCCAGAGUACCAACCGUCUGACCACUCGCGCUCCAAUCUGUCAGGAAUCACACAGACUUCGACUCCCAUCUCGCUCUUAUCAUAUGAGAUUCGAUCCUCAAAAGCUCUUUCCAGUGGCUUGAAUCCAAGCACGAUUGUUCGGAACACAUCAUUCAGCACUUUCGGUAACAACAAUGACCAUCAAUUCCACCAGUCCUCGCCACCACCACUCGUGUCGAGUGCGUCGAGUCGUGAGAGCUUCGCAAUCGAGAAGCCUCCAACCAGAUGCCCUGAAGGAAAUUGGGUCAGUGCUUUGCACAUCGCCGUGCAAAAAGGCCACGUUCGUAUCGUGCGUGUGUUGUUGCAGCACGGGGUCGAUUGCAAUCAACAAGAUGGAGAAGGCUUGACCCCGCUCAUUCACUCCAUCAUCAGUGAUCACGAAGACGUGCUGGAUUUGCUAAUCCAGAACGGCGCACGCAUCUGCGAGACGGACAACCGGCAACGCAAUGCUGUUCAUUGGGCGGUUUUGCAGCGACGCGAAAUGCUACUGAAGAUCCUGCUCGAGCAUUGCUCCGGUGAUCAGAUGGUGAUAGACGGUCAUGAUCUGCACGGCAAAACGCCCCUACACACCGCCGUAGACAUAGGCUUUGAGGCCGGUGUCCGUAGCUUGCUGGAGUCGGGUGCAAACAUGAAUUCCUGGGCUAGAAAGCCCUGA